AUGGGGUCCCUUGCAAAAAAGGUUCUGCUUACAGGCGGCACAGGCUUCAUUGCCUCGCACAUUUUAAUUGAGCUACUGGACGCCGGGUAUCAGGUGGUAGUGACCGUCCGCACCCACGAUAAGGGCCGCCAGCUUCUCGAAUCGUUGUCGAACACCGGCGACAAGGCGGCAUCGUACGUGGUGGUGGAGGAUAUCGCCAAAGAUGGGGCGUAUGACGAGGCCAUCCAAUCCAUCUCAGAUCUGGACCUGGUAGUUCAUACCGCCUCGCCGUAUCAUUUCAACUACACAGAUCCUAAAACAGACUUCCUUGACCCAGCGAUCAAAGGCACAGCCGGAUUGCUCGCCUCCAUCAAGGCUUACGCGCCGACAGUCAAGCGCGUAGUUUUAACUUCCUCAUCCGCUACGAUUGUCACUCCCCCCAACCAUCCGGAGGUUUACGAUGAGACCAGCUACGGGUCGGUGACCUGGGAAGAGGCCAUGGUGCCGCAAGUUACAUAUCGCGCCAGUAAGAUAUUCGCCGAGCGCGCCGCCUUUGACUUCAUCGAGAACGACAAGCCAAACUUCGACCUUGUCACAAUCAACCCCCCGCUAGUAUUUGGACCGAAGCCGCGCCAUGUUACUGAUCUCAAAACACUAAACACCUCGAACCACAUUAUCCGUGACACGAUGCUCGGAAAGUGGAAAGAUGGGGGCGCACCUAUCGCCAUACCUUUCACCUGGGUGGAUGUGCGUGAUGUUGCCUUCGCUCACCGUCAAGCGCUGGAGUUGCCCGAGGUCAGCGGCCAGCGCUUUUUCACCGUGGCAGGCCAUUUCUCGAACAAGCGAAUUGCGGAGGCUAUCCGUGCCACGCACCCGGAGCUGGCCGACAGGCUGCCUCCUAGUGAUGUGCCCGACGAUUUGCCAGAGGGUAUUUAUGGAUUUGAUAAUAGCAAGUCUCGUAAGGUGCUGGGGAUGACUUUCCGCGACUUGAACACUUGCGUGGGAGAUGCAGUGACCUCAAUGCUAGAACAGGCUUGA